CAAAUCCAUUUUUCUUGUGACCUCAUCAACACAACCAUGUUCACCAAACUUUUCUUCUUCUUUCUCCUCUUCACUCCCUUCAUCUUCACCACACAACAAGACACCCAUGAUGAUUUCGUGCGUACCUUGGACCGCAAAAUGUUUGGUUUGGACGAAAACCAAGAAAAGUUUAGUCAUUUCAGGUUGUAUUGGCACGACGUGGUGAGUGGACGCAACCCUUCUUCCAUCGAAGUAGUUUCAUCAGGGUUGAAGAACUCAACGACGUCGUUUGGAGCGGUGAACAUGAUAGAGAACCCUUUGACAUUGGAACCCCAAUUGAACUCUCAGUUGGUGGGGAAGGCACAGGGGUUCUAUGCUUCGACGUCGCAGAGUGAUGUUACCUUGCUGAUGGCCAUGAACUUCGCCAUCACUGAAGGGAAGUACAAUGGCAGCAGCUUCACCAUUCUUGGAAGGAACCCUGUUUUCAACGAGAAGAGGGAGAUGCCUGUGAUCGGUGGAAGUGGCCUCUUUCGUUUUGCUAGGGGUUAUGCUCAGCUCAGAACUCACUGGUUCUCGCCCACCACCAGGGAUGCCAUUGUUGAGUAUACUGUUUAUCUUCUGCAUUAUUGA